AUGGCUGGAGAUGAAGAAGAUGAUGCAGGUGUUAGUCUAGAGCAUAAAGCCUUGCUUGAAGCUUUAACUCGCCGUAUGCACACUAUGAUGGAAACAAGAUUGGGUACCUUCCGCGAAGAGCUUGAUGCUCAGUCUUCAGAACCUAGACGUGAACCAAGGCAGAACCGACGAGAACCGGCUAGAAGAGAGCAUGAUGGUUCAGAAGAGACUGACAACUACUAUGAAAGAGAACGGCACAGCUCAGACUCUAGACACAGCAGCCGUAGCAACCGAAGGCACAGGCGUGAGCAUCGUCCACGCAAUGAACUAGCUGGGUUGAAGCUAAAAAUCCCCCCUUUCCAUGGCAAGGCUGAUCCAGAUGCUUAUCUUGAGUGGGAGAAGAAGAUUGAGCUAGUUUUCAACUGUCAACAUUACACUGAGCUUAAGAAGAUUCAAGUGGCUGCUACUGAAUUUUAUGAUUAUGCCUUGAGCUGGUGGGAUCAGUUGGUUACGACCAAGAGGCGCAAUGGUGAGUUUCCUAUUGAGACUUGGGCUGAGAUGAAAGCUGUGAUGCGCAGGAGGUUUGUACCAAACCAUUACCAUCGUGAUCUCCAUCAAAGACUAAGAAAGCUCACACAAGGAUCACGAUCUGUAGAAGAAUACUUCCAAGAGAUGGAGUUGUUGAUGUUGAGAGCUUGCAUAUCAGAGGAUAGAGAGGCAACUAUGGCUCGGUUCCUUGGAGGACUUAACCGUGAGAUACAAGACAAUGUGGAGAUGCAACACUAUGUUGAGAUGGAAGAAAUGCUACACAAAGCAAUUCUGGUGGAGCAGCAAGUUAAGAGAAAGCAUCAGUCACGAGGGAGCUAUGGUACCAGCAAGUAUCAGCAGGCUAAAGAUGAGAAACCAGCGUAUCAUAAGGAUAAUAAGUUUCAGCCAAAAGAAGAUACCAAGCCAGGCAGUACUAUCAGCAAAGACAAAGGGAAAACUGAAGCUACUUCUUCACGAGCCAGGGAUGUCAAGUGUUUCAAAUGUCAAGGGCGUGGUCACUAUGCUAAUGAGUGCACUAACAAGCGAGUCAUGAUCUUGGACAAUGGAGAGUAUGAAUCUCAGGAUGAGAAGCUUGAGGACGAUCAGGAGCUUUCAGAUGAAGAGUAUGAAGAAGGACCAGUUCAGGGAAGAUUGUUGGUUGCAAGAAGGACUCUCAGCGUGCAAAACAAACCCGUGGAGCUUGAGCAAAGAGAGAACUUUGAGACCAUGGUGAAGAAGCUUGGACUAGAAACUCAGAAACAUCCUAAACCUUACCGGCUGCAGUGGCUUAAUGAAGAGGGUGAGAUGAGAGUAUCCACACAAGUCUCUGUACCCUUCUCCAUUGGUAGGUAUGAAGAUGAGAUCCUCUGUGAUGUGAUACCAAUGGAAGCAAGUCAUAUCUUGCUUGGUAGGCCGUGGCAGGUUGAUAGAAAAGUCACACAUGAUGGCUUUGCAAACAAGCAUUCUUUUGAGUUUAAUGGUAGGAAGACUACUCUGGUGCCUCUGACUCCUAAGGAAGUGCAUCAAGAUCAGUUGCAGCUUCAAAAGAAGAAAGAAAUCGAUCUCAAACCAGAGAAAAACAAGCACAUGAGCCCUUGUGCUGUACCAGUGCUCCUUGUACCCAAGAAGGAUGGGAGCUGGCGCAUGUGUGUUGAUUGUAGAGCAAUCAACAAUAUAACAGUGAAGUAUCGCCACCCUAUUCCUAGAUUAGAUGAUAUGCUUGAUGAGUUGCAUGGUUCUAGCAUCUUUUCUAAGAUAGAUUUGAAAAGUGGAUAUCAUCAAAUUAGGAUGAAAGAGGGAGAUGAGUGGAAAACAGCCUUUAAGACUAAGCAUGGGUUGUAUGAGUGGUUAGUGAUGCCCUUUGGCUUAACUAAUGCUCCUAGUACUUUUAUGAGAUUAAUGAAUCAUGUGCUUAGAUCCUUUCUAGGAUUGUUUGUGGUAGUUUAUUUUGAUGAUAUCCUUGUGUACUCUAAGAGCUUAGAAGAGCAUAUAGUUCAUCUUAGGAAUGUUCUUGAUGUUUUGAGAAAAGAAAAGCUCUUUGCUAACCUCAAAAAGUGCACUUUCUGUACGGAUAACUUGGUCUUCCUAGGUUUUGUUGUGAGUGCAGAUGGAGUAAAAGUGGACCAGGAGAAGGUAAAAGCUAUACAAGAGUGGCCAAUUCCUAAGACCAUAAGUGAAAAGGAAGUCGGUUUCAAAUGGGGAGAAGCACAAGAACUUGCCUUUCAAAGCCUAAAAGAGAAGCUUACUCAUACCCCUCUUCUCAUACUUCCUGACUUUAAUAAAACUUUUGAAAUAGAAUGUGAUGCCUCAGGAAUUGGUAUUGGUGCUGUGCUUAUGCAGGAAAGAAGACCCAUAGCAUACUUCAGUGAGAAACUUGGAGGAGCAACUCUCAACUAUGCUACCUAUGACAAGGAACUCUAUGCUUUAGUAAGGGCUUUGCAGACCUGGCAACACUAUCUAUGGCCUAAGGAGUUUGUCAUACACACUGAUCAUGAGUCUCUCAAGUACCUCAAGGGCCAGAACAAGCUCAGCAAGAGACAUGCAAGAUGGGUCGAGUUCAUUGAAACCUUUCCUUAUGUAAUCAAAUACAAACAAGAUUUAUUUGUCAGGGAAUCCCAUGGAGGAAGUUUAAUGCAACACUCUGCAUCUAAAUAUUCUCCUUUUGAAAUUGUUUAUGGGUUCAAUCCCAUCUCUCCUUUGGAUCUAAUGCCUUUACCUGAGUGUGCUAGGAUCAGUAUGGAUGGGAAAAAGAAAGCAGAGAUGGUACAGCAGAUCCAUGAGCAGGCUAGAAAGAAUAUUGUUGAGAAGACAAAGCAGUACACUAAGAAAGCAAACAAGGGCAGGCGCGAGAUGAUUUUUGAUGUAGGAGAUAUGGUGUGGGUUCAUUUGCGUAAGGAGAGGUUUCCCAAAGAAAGAAAGUCCAAGCUGAUGGCAAGGAUAGAUGGCCCAUUCGAAAUCAUCCAGAAAAUCAAUGACAAUGCCUACAAGAUUGAUCUUCAAGAUGAGCUUGAUUUGAGGUCAAAUCCUUUUCAAGAAGGAGGGGAUGAUGUGAUCAUGGACCAGCCAACUCAUGAAGACAAUGUGAUGCUAGAUGAGCCAGCUGCUGAAGAUGUCUUAACCAUACCAGAAGGUCCUAUUACUCGUUCAAGGAGUAGACAACUCAAGAAAGCCAUUGGAGGAUUACUCAUGAUAGCCUGGAAGCAAGAAGAAGAUUAA